AUGGCUCCCGGGCUGGAGAAGACGCCCCUGGCGUCGGAAGAAGCGGAGCAGUGCCCGACGCCCCCCGCGUAUUCGGCUGUGAUGGCGAAACCCUCUAGUCCAGGACGGCUACUCAAGAGCGGGGCCCUGGCACUCAUUGGCGGAGCCCUCCUCCUCCUCCUCUUGGGGGGCAUUGGAGCUUUUUACUACUGGAAGGCGAAUGACAGAGAGCUCUACAACGUCCACUACACAAUGAGUAUUAAUGGGAAAGUACAAGAGGCAUCAAUGGAAAUCGACGCUGGAAACAAUCUAGAGAUCUUUAAAACUGGAAGUGGAGGUGAAGAGGCGAUUGAAGUCCAUGAUUUUCAAAUAGGCAUCACUGGGAUCCGUUUUGCUGGUGGAGAGAAAUGCUACAUUAAAGCUCAAGCUAAAACAAAGGUUCCUGAAGUGAAUGCGAUGACCAAAGGGAGCCUCUCCUUUGACCUGGAAGAUGAGAUCCUGCCAGCUAAAUUCGAUGAGAACUCGCUUGUCUGGGUGGCUGCAGACAAGCCCAUAAAGAGCAGCCAUUUCCUGAGUCCCAGAAUUUUGAAGCUCUGUGGAGAUCUUCAGAUAUUUUGGCUUCGACCCUCCUAUCCUAAAGUUAGACAGAGAAGAAAGAGAGGAGUCACCAGAAGAAGACGCCAAUCAAAUUUUGAUCUAGACCAAUUUGAAGCCGCUGCCAAUGAAGCCAACAGCAGGCCCCAAGGCCGGCAGAGGGCUCGGGAACCGGCACAUCCGUCUAAUGAUACCAGACCUUCUGGGAGAGAUGUCAGGCCAACCUUCAACCCAGAAAACCCUUACCACCAGCUAGAAGGUGAAGGGAUGACCUUUGACCCACGGCUGGACCAUGAAGGAAUCUGCUGUAUCGAUUGCAGGCGGAGCUACACCCACUGCCAGCGGAUCUGUGAGCCUCUCCUGGGCUAUUACCCCUGGCCUUACAACUACCAAGGGUGCCGCUCUGCAUGUCGCCUUAUCAUGCCUUGCAGCUGGUGGGUUGCCCGCAUCUUGGGAGUCGUCUGAAGGAGCUCCGGGACAACGGGAGGCCAUGCCUGAGACC